CCCUACGCGGUGUUCCCCACCACCGAGGCAAACAGCGAUGCUAGCCGGCGAGCCUUCUACGCUCCCGCCACGGUGACGUCACUCCGAGUAGUGUAGUGCAGUGAGGAGGAGCGAAGUCGGCUCCAUCCGCGUUACAUGGCCCAAGUGAACGAAGCUAGUGCGUUUAAGGCGUACAUAUACAAGCGUGCAUUGUAGCGAAUCGAGUCGCCGAUCACACACCGAUAUAUACCCGUUUUAAUUCGUUCGAUUAAUGCACGUUACGUGACAAGUACCGAGUAGUUACUCGAUCGGUUGGUAAAAGGGUAUCCGAGAAUCCGCGGCGACUCGCUUUCACCGAAACAUGUAUUGUAUUCGACGUCGUUCACGAUACCGUUCCGAAACGAGAUGUAACGUACAAGGCGAGGUGAAUUAAUCGAGUGACAUGUGAAUUAUAAAAGAAAUUUAAAAAAAAAAAAAAAGAAACGAAGAAGUUCCGCUGAGUGAGUACACAUCGUAAAUAUAAGGAAAUUAAAAGAAAUAAAAAAAAGAGGAAGGAAUAUAAAGUAGUGUCGUGCCCGCGGUUCUGAGAGGUUCGCGCGUUUUAAAUUUAACCAAGGAAGAAAACGCCGACGGUUGGUUCUAUCGUCCGGUAGAUCGAUUGUUUAUUAGUGGGGUUUUCCGGGAAUAGUUCAGGCGGUUACCGUGGCCUCCUUGUUCUCGGGUGUUCGGCGUGAACGAGGCUGUACGAAAUAUUCCCGUAUAUAAUCGACGCGAGUGUGAUUAUGCUCAACAAAUAUGCGUUGGGAUGUAUCGGCCGCCCGACCGCGUUGUGCUCGGUGUGCUUGGUGUGACGUGUGAUUAGCCGCCUUUCUUCAUACGCGAUUCAGUGGUGUACGAUGUGGUGUACGGCGACGGUCCUGAUCUUUAUAGCCGUUGUCAUCAGUGGUGUCCACUAUCAAGGCUUCUCCUCCUCCUUCUUCUCUUCGUCUCCGUCGUCGUCGUCGUCGUGGUUGUUGUUGUCGUCGACGUGCGUCGCGACGCAAAAAUUUAAUCGCGAGAGCCCCGUUGCCACCCUCUUCUAUCGGCCGAUCGUUCCACAGCGCUGCCCUGACGACAGCACUCGUCCUGCCUGGGGUCACUACCUUCCGGCUAGUGACUAAUGUUAAUCUGUUUGUUGCCAGUGAUUAAAUUGAGAGUGUCCGAAGUGGGAGGAAGCUCCUUCGUUCGUCGUGGUAUACACGUAACGGUUCCUUCGUUUUCGUCGCGUGUGAGUCGCGAGCCCUGCCACGAGUUCCUCGUGAAUCGGAUAGGAGAUCAAUUCUAUGUCGAUUCGGAUUACCAAUACGCCACGGAUCCAUUUGAUUUCUGCUCGCGUGAAACAAAACAAAAAUUGAUAUAAAUAUUGUAUAUAUAUAUAUACAUACACGCAUACAUAUAUAUAUACGUAUAUCUAUAUCUAAAUAUUAAAAAAAAAAAAAGUAUACAUAUAGGGAAGAAGCAGGAGAGGCUUCUUCGGCCGACCCGCUGGCGGUAUUGAAUAUCGGUGGUGUGGUGAGAGUGACGUGAUUAGCGUCGGGCGAAGUUGUGUGUCGUUGUACAGUGCCGCCAAACGAUACCACAACAUCCGAUCCCAAAUGAAGAGUUCGGAGCAAAAUGGUUAGAGAGACACGUCACCUGUGGGUUGGAAAUCUGCCGGAAAACAUCCGAGAGGAUCGCAUACGAGAACAUUUCAAACGGUAUGGACGCGUGCAGAGCGUCAAGCUGCUGCCGCGGGGCGAAGAAUGCCCCGUGGACGGUGGUACCGGUGGUUCCCUUGGAGAAGGCAACGAGGGUGGUUCCGGUUCCAAUUCUGGGAACGGCGGCAGUGGCGGGGGUAGCGGUUCCUCGAGCAGCACCGGGGGUGCCUCCGCGACGGUGGCGUUCAUGGAUAUCAAGUCCGCAGCGAAGGCCCACGCGACUGAACACACCUUGGACGAACGAGCCCUCACCACACAGUACUACGAACCACAACAUCUUCAGCACAGGUUUCCCUCGCACGGAAGUUCGGAGGAUCAUGGACCGAGCGGGGGUAGUGGGGGAGGAGUCAGCGGAGUCGGAGGAGGCGGCGGUGUCGGUUCCGGCAUCGUCAGCGGCGGCGUUGGCAGCGGAGGAGGCGGUAGCAGCAGCGGCGGUGUCGGAGGCGGCGGCAGCGGAGGUUCCGUCGUCGGAGGCAGCACAGUCGGAAGCGGAAUCGGAAUCGCAAUUGGAAUCGGCGGCGGCGGCUGCAGCAGCGGUGGCGGCGGCGGCGGCGUCAGCGGCGGUGGUGGCGGUAAUGGCAACAUUAACGACAGAGAGAGGGACAGAGAGCGGGAGAGGGAGAGGGACAGAGAUCGAGACAGAGACCGAGAGAGGGAUCGGGACCGGGACCGUGACAGAGACAGGGAGAGAGAGAGGGACCGGGAGAGGGAGAGGGAAAGGGAGAGGGACCGUGAGAGGGAACGAGAGCGAGACCGUGACCGAGAGAGAGGAGGCGAGGGCUUCGAGUCACGCGGCUCGCACGGCAGUUUCUACACCAGCGAGAGAAGUAGCCGAGGGGUCGGAUCCGGGGGUGGUGUCGGUGGUGUCGGCGGCGGCGGCGGCGGCGUCGUCGUUGGCGGCCAUCCGGCGGAUCCUUCUGCCGGUGAUCCUGGCGGCUACAUACCCCGCGGCCGUCCACCUCCUGCCAGCUCUUACCACGUGACAUCGACCAGGGCGAGGGAUCGGCUUUACUCGAGAACCGGCCCGUAUGCCUCCGGGCCGCCGCCCCCGCCCCACUUAGAUCGUCAUCGCGGUGGCCUGCCGCCGUCCUCCUGGUCGGCGUACGAGUCGACGACCUCGAGAUACGGGAACGCACCGCCGCCACCCUCGCCUGCCAACAACGACGCCUACCAGGACGAGCAAGAUUACAUUCGUCGUGUUGUUCCACUAGGCGGCGGUGGAGGCGGCGGCGGCAGCAGCGGCAGCGGUGCGCUACGACAGCACAAAAAACAGCGCAGAAAAUCGCGAAGCGGAAGCAGCUCGCCGAGCGGCAGUAGCCGUUCCGGCAGUAGCAGCAGCAGCCGCAGCGGUAGUUCCGCCGGCAGCACUUCCGGGGGCAGUACGUCGCCGGGCAGUUCGCCGCACCGCACCGGAAAUGCCGCUGUCACCGAGGACCGCAGGCCGCUCGCGAUCUGCGUGCGUAACCUGCCGGCACGCAGCAGCGACACUUCUCUCAAAGACGGCCUCUUCCACGAAUACAAGAAACACGGGAAAGUGACCUGGGUGAAGGUCGUGGGGGCGGCCGGUGACCGGUACGCCCUGGUCUGCUUCAAGAAACCCGAGGACGUCGAGAAGGCCCUGGAGGUCUCCCACGACAAACUAUUUUUCGGCUGUAAGAUCGAGGUCGCCCCCUACCAGGGUUACGAUGUCGAAGAUAACGAGUUCCGGCCGUACGAGGCCGAGCUCGACGAGUACCAUCCGAAGGCGACGCGUACCCUCUUCAUCGGCAACCUCGAGAAGGACGUCACCGCAUCCGAGCUUAGGAAGCAUUUCGAGCCUUUCGGCGAGAUAAUAGAAAUAGAUGUUAAAAAACAGGGCGCGGUAACAAGCUAUGCCUUCUGCCAAUACUCCGACAUUGGCAGCGUCGUCAAAGCCAUGCGAUCGAUGGACGGCGAACACCUGGGCGCUAAUCGAAUAAAACUCGGAUUCGGGAAGUCCAUGCCCACGUCCUGUGUUUGGGUUGAUGGCAUUGGAGAUUGUAUGUCGGAAAAGUACCUGAACAUGCAGUUCCAUCAGUUCGGACUGAUUUCACAGGUCGUAGUAGACCGAGAGCGAGGACACGCUUUGGUCUUCUUCGAGCAGAUUAGUUGCGCGCAAGCUGCUGUGAAGGAGAUGAGGGGCAUAGCGCUUCGAGGACGACGACUUCAAGUUGACUUUGCUUCGAGGGAAUGCCAGGAGACGUUCUACGAGCACCUGGAGCGCCAGGGUAUUGCCGGAGAAAAACCAUGGGACACGAGGCCAUCGCCUGCUACCACCUUCGAUGUUGCGAUUCCUUCCAGGCGGGAGCGCAGCAGUUUCGACUCCGGGGUGACGGUUACAAAUUCAAGUAGCAGGUUUACCCGCUAUGAGACACCCCCGAGAUCGAGAACGGCAAGUUACUCCCGCACAUCUGGAGGAGGCAGCACGCCGGGCGCGAGUCCAGCGCAUCCGACCGCGAUGACCCGCAGCAACAGGAGGUCUUAUCAGGACACCUAUUACGACGGGGACUACAGCGAGCCGGCACCGCGUAGGUUUCGCAGCUACGACGAGUUCAGUCAAGGCAGCGGGGCUAGUCACGACGACUAUCAGAGUAGCGUGCUCGGUGACGGCAAGCUGAACGACGACGACUGUCCCCCACCGUCCCGACGCCAUGCAGUUCAGAGCGUUGUGACCAGUGUGGAACCACCCGCGCCACCACCACCUUUGCUUCCACCCUCGGACAUACGCCACCUUCAAAAGGAAAGGGUGCAUCUGCUUGAGCAGCUCGAGGAAUGCCACAGUAGCGGCGAUGAGGUCGGCUUUGCCCCGAAGAAGCGAGCAAAACUUGACGGAGCGUCGACGACGAUACUGUGUGAGGACGACGAACCCGAGAUCGCGUCGUUGCUCGUCACCUCGCACUCGAGUAGAAAAGGCAUGGACAUUCGCCGUGUCAGUGACAGCAAGGUCGUCGUGCAUCAUGGCACGAGGAGAGGCAGCUGCGAGGGCAGAGGGCCGGGACCUUGCAAACGACGACGCGACGUCACUAGCAGGCAUCAUGAACACCACGACGGAUCAAGGCCUGGCACCCCGUUGGUGGACGAAAGGCCCGAGAAUCUGGUCCCGAGCGAACCAAGGCGGUUUCGCGAGCGUAGUCACGAAGGACCUUUGUCAUUGCCUCUUCCAAGGUUUGCCACCCAGAUGUUGAACAACAACAACAACAAUAACAAUAACAAUAACACCAGUAGCAGCAACAACAACAGCAGCAGUAGCAACCGGUCAGGUAAUGCGAGCUUGGCGAAGGUGGCGAGUCCACCCUGUGCGAACUUGUCGACUGCUCCGAGUCCUCGUGCGGCUCCUCAGCCCCCGGCCUCGCCGCCCCCGCGACAUCCGAGUCCAAGUCCAACGAGCUCGGACAGCGAAACAGCGCCGCAAUCGCCGAGUCUCGAAGAAAGGAUACGGUCGCUCGACGAGAAGUACGAGAAGUGGUCCGGAUCGAGGGCACUGAGCGCCGCCGGUGGCGACGCGCUUGCCAAGCUAGACGCGACGGCAUCGGAACGGUUCAGGUUUCGGCACAAGCUACUCGACCUGGAUCUGCAUGAAGUGCAACCGUCCGACAUCGUGAAGUCGGUUCUUGCCAAGCGCAGCGUGUUCGACGAAGACUCGAAGCGGCUGGAGAAUUUCAGUGAGAAGUACGAGCCGCGAGAGUUCACCGGCGUGCUGAAUGUCAGCUCGAUGAUCGGCGGCACGAGCGGUUUGACGUCAUCAUCGUCGUCGGCCGGCGGCUGCACCAGCAAGGUCUGUCUUCAGUAUCCGUUUCCUAGUCAUCCGCCUGUACAGUCAGCGAGCAGCAGUAGCAACAGCGGCGCGUCGACCACCAGCCAGAUCGGACUGGGCAUCGCGUCUCUGUCCUCGAAUCUUAGCUUCACGACCAGCAUGUCAUCCUCUACGUUGAAAACAACUGACCCGCGUGCUGCAGUACAGCAUAACUGCGUACAUCCGACACCGGCCACGCCGAUCACGCCCGGCACGUCAAUCAAAACAGUUAGUCCCGAAUUACCACCUGUCUCGUUGCCGAUCGGUCUUGGCAGCGGGACGACAGCCAGUAGUGGCAAUAGUAGCAGUUUAGCGUCAGCUAGUAGUAUUCUUAGCAGCAACGGUACCGUAAGUAAUAUACACGUUCUCGGAGCCUCGACGAGUAGAGGAUUGAGCGCGACAUCGUCGGCGCCCGUCGCGACCACCGCGUCCAUGGUGGCUGCGUAUUCAAGCACGGUGCCGGUCACUGCGGCUGUAACGACAACCACCACGACAUCGGCGUCAGCGUCGGUUACCACGCCGGCCAUCACACCGUCAAUGACCAACACCACCACCACGAUAUCGUCCUCGACCGGCCAAUACCAAACUUCCAUGUGCACCGCCUCAGCUACCGCCACGGUCCUACCGUCUUCCACGACGUCUACGUCGAUAUCUUCCUGCUCGUCGUCGCUGUCCUUGUCCGCCGACGGAUCCCGUUCGCGGAUGAGGAAGGAGGUCGGCAGUAAUCGGGACAGCAGGGACUCCCGCGACAGCAAGGACAGCAGGGAUUCCAAGUAUAGCAAGGGAAAGGACUGUCAAAGGAAGUCACGGAAAGAGGAUGUGGACGUCGAGAGGAGUAGCACCCGCAAGGACCGGGAGGAAAAGGAGUCCGUGGUGAACGACAUCGCGGAUUCUGAUAGUCAUAGAGAGUUCAAGGAGAAUAAGGAGAUGCGUUACGAGAGGAAAGAACGGGAGGAGAAGGAGAGACGUGAGAAGGACGACCGCGAGAGGCAGGAGAGGAGAGACAAAGAAGAUCGUGACAGACAACAGGAGCGAAAGGAAAGAGAGGAGAGGCGGGAGAAGGACGAAGAGAGGCGAGAACGGGAGAGGCUGGAGAAGGAACGGCAAGAGGACAAACGGGAGAGAGAAGAAAGGGAACGGGAACGUAAGGAACGAGAGGAGAACGAGGCCAAGGAAAAAGAGAGGAGAGAGAAGGAGCGAUUGGAUCGUGAGAAACGUGAGCGAGAGGAGAAGGAACGGCAAGAGAGAAGGGAGAGAGAGGAGCGGGAGAGGCGGGAACGGGAGGAUCGAGAAAGAAAAGAACGCGAGCUUCGAUUGGAGCGAGAAAAACAGGAAAAAGAGCGACUCAGGAAAGAGCGGGAAGAGCAAGAGAGGCGGGAGAAAGAGGAACGAGAUAGACUCGAGAGAGAAAGAAGGCGAGAAGAGAAAGAAAGGAUCGAAAGAGAACGAAAACGUGAAAGGGAGGAGAAAGAAAGGCUGGAAAGGGAACGACGGAAAGAGAAAGAAGAGCGGGAAAGGGCGGAGAAAGAGAAACGAGAGAAGGAAGAGCGAGAGAGAUUCGAACGCGAGAAACAUGACCGAGAGAAGAGGAGAGAACGGGAGGACCAAGAGAGACGGGAGAAAGAGAAGUCCGAGCGCGACAAGAGGAGAGACCGAGAAGAGAAGGAUAAAGAGAAAAGAGACCGGGAUGAGAGCAGGCGGCAGCCGAUCGAGAACCAUCUUCACCAGUCUGUGUCCCAGUCGCAGAACCAAAUUUCCCCCGCUCCGGUAUCCAUCAAGCGGCGAUGUUCGUCGCAGGAUGGACCGGCGGACGACGAGGCAAAGCGCAUGAAGAUCUCCGACCACCGCAGGGACAGCAAAGAUCGGCCUAGACAGAACAGGAGAUCCGAGGACCGGAAGCAUCGAAACGACUCCCAUCGGUCUAGCCGGGAGAGCAGGGAGAGCCGCGACAGUAAAGAGAGCAGUGGCUCGACGCAGACCCAGGACAGCAGGGAUGCUCACAGCGAGAUCAACAGGGAGUCGAGCAGGGAGAACAGAGAGAAUCGAGAGAAUCGAGAGAACCGAGAGAACAGGGAGAACAACCGGGAAGGGAAGGAGAAGCAACGCAGUAAGAGAAACCGCUCAGAGAAGGAGUCCAGGGAACGCAGCCCCAGGGUCUCCCACGAGUCGGACAAGGAAUUCCUAUCGAGGCUAGAGCUCUCUAAACGCAACGAUUCGAACUCACCGAGCGAGCAGACCUCGGUUAGCUCCAAUCAUGCCCGCGAGAUGCAGCAGCACCAUCAGCAACAGGCCUCUCUGAACUUGCCAAGUGAUGUUGACGACGGGCCCCUAUCCACCCACGAGAUACAAGUGGCCAGGCACCCGUCUGCUACGGACACCGACAGCGAUGAGCCGAAGAAACAUUCGAUCUUCGACAUCGUGGACGACGAACCUGCCUAUAUCAGCAUGUACGACAAGGUCAAAGCACGCUCGACCAAGAACAUGCAGAAGCUCGAGGAGGAGAAGCGUCAGGUGCGCCUGAAGGACAAGUUCUCGCAGCUGAAGCAGAGUCGCGCGAGGAGAGAAGAGAAGAAGCAGAGCACCUCGUGGGACGGAGACUCGGUGUCCAGCAAAGCGUUGACAGAGGACGAAGCCACGUCCGAAUCUGACUCUACCAGGGCGAAGUCACUGUCUAGAAAGGGAUCCAGGUCCAGAAUCCACUCCGAUACAAGCGAGGAGGACGAGUCCUUCAACAACAAGAUUCGAAAGGUAAAGACCGAGAGGUUCCUGGAGAGCGACGUCGAUCUGGGAUUCGCAGAUACGGAGGAGAAGCACAAUCCUCUGGAGACGUCGACCGUAGUCAGCAGCGUUCACGCAAGCGUGAAGGAGGAGCUUCGUACAUCGGACGAUGAUGAGCGGAUCUCCGUCGGCUUCCGCGCCAACCACCCAGCCAUUGUCGUCAACAACCACGAGAGGGACUCGCGCAAGAAGUCGCACAAGAAGAAACAGAAACGACAGAAGAACUCGUUGUCGACCGAGGACAGUAUAAAAACAGAGUCUUCGGAGAGCAUCGAGCACAAAAAUAAAUUGGUUAUCAGCAGUACCAUGGAUUGUCGACCGAAUCACACAUCCGAGCCCAUCACUGUUGCUAGUACUACCACCACUUCGGGGUCGACGGUGUUGGAGAACGCCGACGAGAGAAUACGGUCGGACAAAAAACAGCGGAAUAAGAAGGACAAGAGAAGAGACAGGAAUGGAGACGACAAGGCCAAAGCAAGAAGGAAAAGGCUCAACAGACAGGAGGCCAGGGACUCGCAGCGGAUGGAGGACAUCUUCGGGCCAUUGUCAGAUGACGUCGACGACGGUCCGUCCAACACAUUCUUUAACCGGCUGGGCAACAUUUCGACGGAGAACAACACCUACGCAUCCGACAGCGACGGCGGCCACAGUCCAGUGUUGGACGUGGAGCGAGUCAGAAGGAAAACUGAAAAGAAACGUCGCCAUCAACCGGAAGACGAGAACAGCGUGGAUCUGGCUGAGGCUGGUCGAGAGAUCGAGGCGAAGCUGUUGGGUCUCCCAAACUCGCCGAAGUCAGACAUCGCAUGCGCCGUGAGCAACGAUCACGACGUGUUCCGAUUCACCGACGACAACGACAGCGUGGAGCAGUCGACUCCGUCGACGGUUCCAGAAAAGGUUAAAGAGAAGAAGAAGAAGAGAAAGAAGUCGAAGGAGGAACGCAGUCGGAAGGAUUAUCAUCAUCAUCACCAUCACCACCAUCAUCAUCACGAGAAGAGCGGCGAGUUACCGUACCUCGGCGCAGAUCCUAGUCCCCCUCGAGCCAGCAGUCCCAUAAUCACCAAGACCAUGUCACCCACGCUACCAUCUCCCAGAGAAACCUUGUUGAGUCCGAUUCCCAAGGUCGCUGCGAACACUCCAGCACCAGCGAUGACGCCACCGGUAAGCGGUGGGAUUCAGGCCUCGAAACAGGAUAAGAAAAAAGAAAAGUUCAUCCCCGGCUUCGGCAUAGAGAUCGACGAGGCGAUCCACGAGAACGCGGUGAAGAGUAUCUCGGAGCCGGAGGAACGCGAAAGCAGCUGUCAAUCCCGAAGCGGCAGAGAGGAGCCGGAUGUGACGGUGCCAACGACGCCGCCUGCGCAGACCGAAGACAAGCCAAGGGUUGCUAUCUCGCAGGAGGAAACCGAGGAUGCCGUCGCCGCACUCUUGGAGGAAACCUUCGGUGGUUCUACCGAAGAUUUCUCCUACGAGGGCGAGGAAGAGGACGCGGAAGUGGACGACAGUGUCGGCCCGCCACCGGAAGCACCUCAGGAGGACGUCGAAGAGAUGCAACAGGCUGUUGAGAGUCUGAACCCCUCUGCCGGUGAAGGAGAGACCGACUUGAAGCCGGACACUCCCCGGAGCGAGCACGACCUGCAGAUAGACACCGAUACGGAGGAAGACCCGAACUACGAGACGUUCGACCUGACGCAGCCACCCAAAACGCCAGACAUUCCAUCGUUCUAUAAAUCUCCCACAAAGACUGUAAACACCAUCGCCCCAUCCCCGGCGGCAGCAGAAAAGCCCGUUGAAGCUAGAAUCACCAGCAUACCCGUGAAACCACAGAGUCCACCCGCGUCCGUUAUCGCUCAUUCAUGGACGCUGAACGAAAAACCUAGAGAAGUUGUUAAGACCGUACCAACCGUACCGGCUGUAUCAACUUCGCCAACUGUACCAACUGUUCCAUCGGUCGCAAACCCAACAUCCGCACCAUCCGUGCCAACCAUACCAACAAUACCAUCGGUUCCAACAAUACCAACAAUACCAACAAUACCAUCGGUUCCAACAAUACCAACAAUACCAACAAUACCAACAAUACCAACUAUGCCAACCAUGCCAACCAUGCCAACUAUACCAACAGUACCAGUCGAACCCGUUGACAGUAAUGUUAGCGUCAGCAGUCCAGAUGUAAUUACUACCCAAGCACAUCGGGUCUCUGCGUCACCGCCUCCGCAGUACAAGCAACCUGGUCUCGGACCCUGCAGCGUCCCAAUCACAGGAGAGACACCUAGAAUAUCUGCAGCCAGUCCCAGACCGCCUCCCAUUAGUGUGCAACCGCUCUAUCAGAAGCUUCCUGUGUCACCACAGUCGCAGAUGGGGCCAAUGCGUCAAGCCUCUCCCAGGAUGCAGAACAUAUCCACUGUUUGCACCACCACCGCCUCCACCCUUACUCCUCUUCCCCCGCUUGUUCCAUCCAGAAUCCCACCAUUGGUGCCGUCACAGCUGUCGCCCAGAAUCUCGCAACCAUCGUCUCCCAACGGGCAAUGGUCUCGCAACCCGUCUUUGAGUCCUCACAUGCCUAACGUUGGCAAACCGUCACCACCGCCAACGAGGAUCGCAGUUAGCGUGUCCGUCUCUUCUCUGAGACCAGAAACGCCCGGGCAGCAAAUCUACUCCACCGCAGCUACUCAACAACCCGUGAUCCAGCAUGCUCCUGGCAUGAGAGCUCUCGCUCCUAGCUAUCCCAGAGGUGGCUUGCCACCGCUGACACUGAAUAUUCCACACCGUCCGUAUAUGCCUGUAAAGAGCUCCAGGGAUUUAGCGAUAGGUGGCAAAUCGGUCAUCGAAACGCUGAUUCCAGUAAAUCCCAACGAGCCUCCACAGCGGCUAGAGGAGCCUAAGCUCUCUCCGGCAGUGAUACCUGAACCGACGAACAAAGCGUCGACGUCUCCGAAAGUUCCUUCGCCGAAUCAGCCACCUACGUACAUCCCAGAAACUGCUAAAAUCGAAAUCAACGCCAGCACAUCAAGCCCGGUGUUCGGUAAACCGAGCACGAUGGCGGACACCUUGACCUCCAGAUGUCAGAAGCAGAUGCCAGGUUCCAUCACCACGGACAACAAUCUACUGUCGCCGAGGCAGAAACAGGAGAUGUCGAAUCUCCAGUUGUUGACCACCCACGUGCCUCGAUCGUCGACACCCAGUCCGGUUAUAGUCGCUCAUGGUCAGUCUCAUCUGGUCCACAAGUCUGUAGUCCAUAGCAUUGGAGCAUCGACUGUUUCGUCGACCAAUCAGUCGCUGAUUAAAACAGUCGUGCCCAUUGUUCCACAACAGAUUGCACCUACGGUUGCAGUUUCUAUCCCAGAAGAGAAAUUCGUGAUCACACAGACGUCGCUUCCUUUAUCUAACCAGACACACUCGCCGGUGUCGCAGAGCAGCCAGAUUCCGAAGCCACACAUUCCUCUGGUGUCAACCGUCUCGCAGGCUAUCAUCACCAGAACCGUACCAUCCAUCGUCUCUUCGAUACCAGCAACGCCGGUGAACGAGAGCACAGUAGAGUGUCUAGAACCACGAAUACCACCCGACCAGGAAUUAGAGCUGGACGCUAACGCUAGAAUAGCUCAGACAGCACAGCCCAUGCAGCUGACUCCGCCUAUUCAACCCACCCAGCCUAUGGACAUCAUCAAAGAGGAACCUGUUGAAGUGAAACAUGAAGAGCCUGCGAUAAAGGAAGAGUUCCCUAACAAUGAACCGCCCGAGUUCCCUCUGACGCAGCCGGUGAACGUCGAUCUGAAGCCGAAACAGGAGCAGCAGGAUUUGGUCAAGUCGGAAAACAUCGUUCCCAAGACGGAAUCUACUGACACUCUGGUUCCCAAAAUGGAGAUCGAAACACCGAUCAAAGUAGAGGCGUUAAACGAGAUCAAGGAAGAGGAAGUAGCGAAGGAUACUGAGGAGGCGAACCUGGAGGAGGAGCCAGUGGAGGAUCCUCUGAAGGAGCCGAGCACAGAUCCUCUUGCAAUCGAUGUAUCCAAGGAAGAUCCAGCGGACAGCAAAGAGGACAGCGACUACUGGUCAGCGAAGGAGGUGAACAUCGAAAGUGUGAUCAAGAAGGUAGAUGCUCUUUGCGACGGCGAAGGCAAUGAUGGCGAUGAGGAGACUCAGCAUGGUACAAAUAUUAGCAACGAGAGUCAGGAGCCUCCCAAGAACGAGUCCGAGUGGUUCAACACGGAGAUUGUGGAGAACGAGAGCAAGAAGAAUUUUGUAGCGAACGACGAUCAAGACGAGGGCGUGGAGACUUGUGAGAGCGAGUCGACGAGAAGUCGGCGUGGCAGGACGAGAACUCGGCGAGGAGGCGGUAGCCGUGGCGGAGUGACCACCAGGAGAAGCGUGAAGAACACAUCCAACGUUCCACAUAAGCGAGGAGGCAGAACACCGAGAGGUAGCAAGCACCAUGUGGAGAAGAACAAACUACCUGCAGACGUGUACGAAUUCCAUGACGACAGCGAGGAGGACAAUGCUGGACGACCGCGACUGAUUCUCACGAUCAAGUCACCUGUGCCGAGCCUGACCGGUCCCAAUGCGCAGCCAUCAACACCUAUAGCUGCGGUGAAGGAAGUUCCACCGGAGGAAUUUGUCUCGCCCGCUGCGAACACGAGAAAGUCGAAGAGACUGGCCGAGAGGGAUGGCAGCAGGAACACCAUCGACGACGUGAUAGAGGAUGUAGUGCGUGGAUCAGCGGCGAACAAGGGUCUGAUUGGAAACACCGGCAAUGUCCACGCCACCAGAAGGAGUACCAGGCAUAACAGUGCUUCUCGACCGGUGCAAGCUACGGUACAGCUGACCGAACCCAGGAAAUCGCCAAGAGGUGCAAGGAAGUCAGCGCGAAGGACGUCAGAGAACGACGACAGCAGCGAGGAGAAGGUCAAGGAAACUGUGCCACCACCGCAGGAACUGCAGAUCAAAGAGGAAACCGUUCCAUCUAGAGCUGAAACUCCGAAGACGGAGGAGACCAGUAGUCAGUCUGCUCCAUCUCCUAUCCAAAAGCCAGUUUCUCAUGAGCCGAUGACGCUGAUUGAUCCGGUGACUGGGAUGCUGAUACCCAUGAGGGAAUCAGAGGAAGGUCAAUAUAUACCGGUUUCCACUGCUUCUGGUCAAAUUGCUAUGAACAGGGUCGAUACAAGGAGCGUCGUACCAACAAUGAUCAGUGCCAGUCCAACGACGGAAGUGCUGAGACCUAAGCCAGCUCAACCGGAGAACCUUGCUGUGACUGAAGAGCCGAAGAAGGAACCGGAGCCUGUUCCGGUUCCCAUUCAGCCUCAGACCAGUGUAAUCACUAAACCACAGUCUCCAACCGUUCAGGUUACCUCGACAAUUAGUAUAGUUCCUACGGCCACGACGUCUGCCACUGUCACAUCGAUCACCACAACAACUGUAGCGACACCACAGACAGCACCCACUUGCUCUUCUCAGUCCAAACCUACUAGUCUCAAGGCUCACGUCUUGAAUGCUAGCAAAUUGGCAACACCUGUGCAACAGCCACCUAUUAUCACCAAACCAGCUGCUCCUAGUGUGCCCAGUCAGUCAGUUGUGCAGAACAUGGUGAAACCAACGCAAACAGUGCAAAGUCUGCACUUGCAGAUUCCUAGCAGUGUAGUGUCGCCCAACUUGAGUCCGAGGGCGAAGCAAGCGCCUCAGAUCAGCGCCGCCAAUGGAAAGGGUCAGGGUCAGCCUAUGUCGCCGGUUCUGAACAACACUGGGGUUCCUCCUAAUCCUAAACAACAUCUAUUGCAAGCUGCCAAGCAGCAGCAGCAACAACAACAACAACAGCAACAACAACAACAACAACAACAACAGCAACAGCCAUCUACGAUUGUGAAUCUACCUCAGAAAUUACCUAUGAAUGUUCAUCCGGCUAGUGUCACGACACCAACACCCAGGAUUCAUCAACCUGUAUCGCAGCCCACUGCAUUGAAGGCAAUUAAUGGUCAACCUCAUCCUUUGAACCCUAAGGCUCAUCUACUGCAGGCGGUAGUCCCUCCAAUAGUCACCGGAACGGUGGCCAGUCCACCAACUCAGCCGCAUUUGAUGAACCCUCAACCUGUUGGCGUUAGCUGCUCUCGACCGCCUGCACCGAAACCACCGGUAACGGGUACGAUGGAACCACCAAAAGUUGAAGUGUCCAUAUCUGGCUGCAUAAUGGUGCCGACCCCUAGCCCUCAGACUCGUGGAGUGCCAAUCACAACAUAUGAUGGUCCAAUGCAUGGGAAUGCGGGUGCUGCUCCAUCAUCAGGGGGCCAGUAUGGACUUGUCCCCCCGCAUCGAUCCCAGAGUCCUCCAUUGCCCCCACCUGCCCACCAUCAUGCUAACGCUUCUCAGGGUGACGUCGUGAAUCACUUCGGUGGCCUGACGCGUGGUGGAGAACUACCACCGCAUUACAUGCAUCCUCAAGUGCUGCAGUAUCAGUAUUUGCGUGCUCAACAGGAAGCCUUGACAGCUCCGCGCAUAACGUAUCACAUUCCAAGAACUAGAUCUCCUCAUCUACCGUUAGACCCGAAAUUGGAGCCUGGCAUAGAAGAUAGUCAUAGUCCGCCUUUAGAACUUAGAAGGAGUACAAAAACACCCCAAGAUCGCACCACGGAUAGUCCUCAAGUCGCUCAAGUAUACAUGCUGCACGGAGCACCAAGAUUACCACCGCCGCCCCCGCAAUACAACGCGGGUGGAAAUCCAGCAUUAACCGCACCGGCCGCUACACGCGGAGGAUUCUACGAACCACCACCCGCACAUCUGCGUUCUCAGUAUCCAAUCGCUGCCAGCGAGGCACCUAGUGACAGAGCCAUCACACCAGACAGACCCAGGAAACACCAAGUGGCCACGCCACCACACGCCUCGCAAGUGCCACCGCAAGCAGACUCGUUUCAGAUGUUGCUGCAACGAUAUCCGGUCAUGUGGCAAGGUCUCCUGGCACUCAAGAACGACCAAGCUGCUGUACAAAUGCAUUUCGUUUUCGGUAACCCUAACGUAGCGAGGGAUAGUCUGCCCUGUAACAGCGAUGGCUCAACACCACCGUUGCGAAUUGCUCAAAGAAUGAGACUGGAACAGACGCAAGUCGACGGAGUCGCGAGGAAGAUGCAAAUGGACAAUGAACAUUGCAUGCUCCUUGCGCUACCGUGUGGUCGAGACGAGGUGGAUGUGUUGCAACAGAGUAAGAACCUUCAGACUGGAUUUAUAAUGUAUUUACAACAGAAACAGGCCGCUGGAAUUGUUAAUAUUGCUGCACCAGGAUCGCAACAGCCUGCAUACGUAGUCCACAUCUUCCCGGCGUGCGAUUUCGCAAACGAAAGUCUGGCGCGUAUCGCACCGGACUUACUUCACCGGGUCGCGAAGAUCGCCCAUUUACUCAUCGUCAUAGCCACGGUUUGAGGCCAGCCAGUGGUCUGCUGCUGGAUUACAAUCUACCGAUAUCUCUCGCCUUUACGCGCUGUAGGACGCUUCGCAUGUGGCAUGAAGCCUGGAGUGUCCUUCCGACGGAGCGCAAAGUCGUACAACAGGAUAAUGCUGAAUAGAACAGGAGAGAGGGGUUCCGUCGAAGGGAAAGGUUUCUCCUCCGAAGAUAUAUCUAUAUAUCAGUGACAAUCAAAUGGAUUUUUGGCAAACACGUGCCGAUUUGACGGGAUCGUUGGCCUAAAACGAGGGUACACGGGGUUGUGUUACUGUGGGGGAGGCUAGCCCUGUCAAUGCGUGAACAUCACCGGGCCUGUCUUCCCUCCAAAACGGAACGGUCAACGCGAUCGCAUUUGCCGCGAUGGCUCUCGCAGUAACGUUCGCCAACUGACAACUUUUGUGAGAUCGACCGACAUCACUCUUGGUCCUUCUGACAAGCGGGUCAGGCACAACCCCAGUCCUUAGUGAAGACCUUCGAUUAAGAGAAAACAAAACAUGAAAAUGACAAACCACGUGAUGUCCUCAAGGCAGAAAGAAUAACUUACACACGCAAAUAGAGACAUACACACACGAACACGAACACACCACGGACACCACGUAUACACGUAAUACACGUUCGUCCCUCGUCUAGGAAAACCGUAAAGAAAAAACAUUACCUACCGUUGCUCUAGAUGGACAGUUGAUUUCGUAAGUAAGAAAUAGAGAAAGAAAAAAAACUAACGUACCCCUACCACUAUACACGAGCUAUUUUAAGUAAGGCUUAGAUAUUAAUGAUACUGUGUAAAUUAUAAGCGAGCCAGCGAGGGCAUAACUACUGUGAUUUUAAUUAUUUAACGAUAUAUGUCUGCGUAAAGACGAAGAAAACAAAAAGUAAAAACAUAUAAAAUGGUGACCGGUGUGUCCCGGUCGCGCGCGGUAUGUGAUGUGUUUUUUGUAUAAUACUGCUCUAUAUAAAUACCUAUGUAUUAUAUUACUGUAACAAUAGUUGCUGCUGCCGCUGUUGCUGCUGCCGCUCGUGUCGAACUAGAAAGUAAAAAAAAAGAGUUACGAUCUAGACACCUCUAGUGAAGAAGAAAAAAAAAUGAGCGAAAGGACUACCUAAAUAGCGUUUAUCCCUAAUGUAAUAUAAUUUCCCAUAGCAGGAUGUAACAUAUUAUUAUCAUUAUUAUCAUCUUAGCACUAUGUACAUUAUAAAAAAAAUUUUUAAUAUUCUUAUUUCGAUUCUUUAUUAUCAUUAAUAAUAUUAUUAUGGUCAUCAUCAUCACUAGUACGCUACCAUUAUUAUUAUUAUUAAAAAAUAUUAUUAUUAUUACUGUCA